AUGGCCCCUGUCGCUAAGUCCAAGAAGAAUGCCGAGUCCAUCAACUCUCGUCUCCAACUUGUCACCAAGUCUGGUAAAUACACUCUCGGUUACAAGAGCACUUUGAAGACUAUCCGUCAAGGAAAGGCCAAGUUGAUCAUCAUUGCCGGUAACUGCCCUCCUCUCCGCAAGUCCGAAAUUGAAUACUAUGCCAUGUUGUCCAAGACUGGUGUCCACCACUACAACGGUAACAACAUCGAUCUCGGUACUGCCUGUGGUAAGCUCUUCCGCACCAGUGUUCUCUCCAUCACUGAUGCCGGUGACUCUGAUAUCUUGUCUGCCCAAUAA